AUUUUGCUAGAAUUUCAAACAAUCAAAAUAAUUGCUGCAACAAUUCUCUGUAAAACCUUGUUGAGAAACUCUUCUGGGGAUCUUGUUUGGAGAAAAAUCAGUUCUUGAUAUGCGAGGAGGAUCGUCUAAUGUUUUUCUGGUUGUAAUCAAGGAAGCUUGGAAAUUAAACAUGCUAGGUACACGUUUUGUGUCCCGGAGACACCUCAAGAGCACACACGAACAUGGUGAGUGGGUGAUGGAGUUGAAGUUGUGGAAGAAUCUCACAUUGGAGGGAUAAAAAGAGAGUAAGUGGUUGAAUAUGAGGAGACUCAUGAACCUAAUACAUUAGUCUACACAUACAUUAGUCUUGGAGGAAUAUAAGGGCUCAACAUGUGGGUCAGUUCAGCUCAAUACCUUUGGGGAACCUAAAUUCCUCUGGUAGCUUAAAUUGAUGACAUUGAGAAAUCUGUCAGUAGUUGUGGGUCAGGUCAGCUCUCCAGUCCUUCUGGCUAUCAGGCAUUUAUGUAGGAAUAUGAUUGACAUUCUAGAGGUAAGGAAGGAGAGACAAUUAAGUUCAGGUUUUUGAAGAGAAUUGUUGUGAUCUACACAGCCUUCUGUUGAAAACAGGAUUAUUUGAACUCUCUAAUGGUGCUUACCCUAAAUGGUAUGCUCACCUCAUUUCAUGCUUCCACAAUUCAGAAUGGUCUAAGUUGUUGUAAAGAUAAAAAUAGAUGUAUGAUUGAGUGAGAAUCUUUUGAACUCAAAGAGCAUAAGAGCAAUUGUUUCAUAUCUGUAAAUACAAGUGAUGUAAUGUG